CUCAUGCAGUAAUCCUGCGCGACUAUACAGACGAGUGCCGUGGCAAAAACUCCACUAAAUAAUCCAAGAAUCUAGCUUUAUCUAUCUACCUGAAGUAAGUCAUAAUUAGCAAGUGGAAGGAGACCAUUUGAAGACCAUCAUCAGUGACCAUGUCAGAAGCACAAGCAUCUGCUCCUCCGGGUUCUCCAGAGAAGACAUCACCAACCAAGCAGCAUGCCAAACUGCCCUUCUUGGUUCCAAGUCCUGUCCCAUGCAGACGAACUAGAACAACCUCCAUGUCUAGGUUAGCUUCUGAGGGUCCCAUCAAGACUGGUGUGAUCACUCAGUUUGAAAGAAGCAAAGGUCAUGGCUUCAUCAAACCAGAUGAUUGUGAUUCAACAAUUUUCGUUCACAUCUCAGACAUCGAAGGUGAAUAUGUCCCAUGUGCUGGUGACCGAGUGGAGUUCAGGGAAUGCCCCCUCCCUCCCAAGAAGACAGAGAAACAAGCUGUGGAAGUAAUGCUCACCCAACUCAAUCCAAGCUCAAAACAUGAGAGCUGGAAUAGCGCAGGAAGACCAUAGACACCUGCUAACUUAGUCAUAGUGCAAUGACUUUAGUGCAUAAGGUACUUAGGAAAAUAGUCGGAAUGACUUUUGGUUGGAUGCUCUGUAAGCAUCCAAAUUUCAGUAAUAGGGGUAUGACAACAGAAAAGAUGCUGAAGGUGAUUCCUACUCCCUUUUUUUGCUUUCUAACCAUCCAAUUUCAGUAAAGGGAAUAAGAAGAGAAAAAUACUAAGCGGGAAUCUUUUUUUUCCUACUCCACACUUUCUGCUUUCUAUCCAUUUUAUUUCAGUAAGAGGGGAUAAAAACACACAAAAAAUGCUGAAUAGGAAUCUUCAGCAUCUUUUUAUAUGCCCAUCUGGCGACAGGUCAGGACGUUUGAUAUCACGCUCGGUGUCUGUCCGUCCGUCAAUUAAAUUUUCCUUAUAUACGCGAUAACUUCAGUUUAACUUAACCUAGGCUCAUAUCAUUUAGAGUGUAUGAUACCAGCAUGAAUCCCAGGAAGCCUUCUGGCUGUGAGGUCAAAAGGUCAAAGGUCAAGAUCACAGUGACAUGUUUUCAUCUUACCCUUCUGAAGUCCUUAUUAACAUGAUAGCUUUAGUUUAACUUAACCUAGGCUCAUAUAAUUGGGUGUGUGUGAUACUAGCAUAGAUCCCAGGAAUUCUAUCGAUUUUUUAGGCCAGAAGGUUUAAGGUGAAGUCGCCACCUUCCACUUUUCUUGCUUGAUCAAUAACUCCAUUUUCGGCAUUACAGACGGGCGUAUUAUGUGCUCGCCUUAGCGACACUCUUGUUCUUUCUGGGUAUCCCAUUUCCUAAAAUAAGACAACUGAAGAGGGUUCAUGAUGAAAGUUUCUGCCAGAAGUGUUUCUCCUGGCCUUAGAGUGGUCCCUAAAACUACAUCUAUAAUCAGUUAGACUUGAACUUUUACAAUGAACUGCAAGAAGACAAUUUUUGAAGGUUAUAUUAGUCAAGUGUCAUAUCUAUUUUAUAGUAAUUGUUAUUAUCUCUUUAUCCAUACGGGUACUAUGUCUGGACAGGCUGUAUGUCCUGUCCAAAGAGCUAUGUGAUCAGAGAAGUCUAUUUACAAAUAUUACCAUCUCAAUACUCCAAACAAAGUUUGAUGCUUCAAGUACAAUCGCACAAAAUUAACUGGAAUCUACUCAAAUUUUGCACCUGAGAUAUAUUUUGUGACAUCUAUAUAUAUAUUGCAGUAAAAUAAAAAAAUUACCAAGGUUGGUUUACUGAUAUAAUUCUGAUCUGCCAUACUCGUUCCUUAUCAUCUUCAUUAUCGAGCUGUCUAUAUUGAACCCCAUCUCCAAAUUCCAGCUAUGGGAAGCAUUCAUGUGAUGGUAGAAACAUUGUAUAAAAUACCCCAUUAGAGCUGUAGAUAAUGUUGCUUUACAUGUAAGUAGAAUUCAUCACUCCUAUAGCCUCUCUCCCCCCCCCCCCUCCUGGCAAAACAGAAGGGUGGAAAAUAGGGGGGGGGGGGGGGUUCUCUCUCUCUCUUCCUUUUGGUAUUUAUUUGUUCUGCAGUACAUGCAAAUAGCAAUGGGCAUAGUGCCAUACAAGUAGAUGUAGAUCCAGUUUAAUCAUGUUUUGUACUAUUUACAUUUAAAAAAAAGAUAUGCAUACAUGUACAUGUAUAUAUGCCCCAUGAAAGUACCCAGUAUAUUUUUGCAUGUAGGAACUGGAUAGGAUGACAUGUGCAAAAUGUCUAAAGAAGCAAUGUCCUUUGUAAUGAUGAUAUAUUUUAUUACUCGUUAUUGUGCAGUCAAUUUUCAAAUGUAUGCUUUAUACUAUGUAGUAUUUGAGCUGUCAAAGUCUAGUUCAGGCAUGACACAUGAUCCCAAUCACAACAUUUUUGUGUAUGCAUACUGUAUAUGGUAGCAAUUUAAGUAGUGGCAGAAAAGUGUUGGACAGAUAGGAAACAUUCUUUUGUCACCAGGGCUCUCUAAAACAAAGGUUAGCAAUCAUUUUCAAAUUGACUCUGACCAAUCAAGAUCAUUGUUGCAUGGGCUUUAGUUCAAAUCUCUGACAAGGAACCAAUGAAAAUUGUUCUUUCAUAUUUGCAAUCUAUAGUGGCAGACUUUUGUAAUAUGGGGCCCUCAUUGGGAAACGCUAUUGGAAAUCAAACUCUGUUAGUGCAAAAUAUGAUAUGACUGAGUAUGACUGAACAUGUCUUAAAAAGUGUUCUCAAAAUAUCAUAGUGAUGUUACAUUGUAUUCAAACAUUGGAAACAUCAUUCAUAGGAAUUUGUCACCCCAUAUCUGAAUGAGACAUUAGAAUUGAUUUUAUCCCUAAUCACAAGGUAAUUUUUAUAUCAUAUAUCAUGUUCUUGUAUAAAAAUCUGUUUAUAUUCAGCACACUAUGGAGUAUUUUAGCCUCUUAGGUAGAAGAUUCACAAUUUACCUGAAGCACAAUAUAUUUUGUAUAAUACUGAUUAUUGUACUAAUUUUAGAAAUAAGCUACAGUAUAUAUACCAUAUAGUUGUAAUUUGUUUAGUGUCUUAUUUUUACUUUGAUUACAAUUUAUUUUGUAAGAUAUUCUGAUUAUUGAAAUAAUUUUGUUUAUUAGUAAAAUAGAGUAAUUUGUUCGAUGUUUUGUAUGUAAUGUCACAUUUUUUUGGUUUUGGUUUGAUUUUUGAAAUGUCUAUGAAAUGUAUUGAUUGCAUCAUGAAGAUUUAUUAAUUGAUAGAAUUUGUAAUAACCAAACUUGCCCAUCAUUAGGUUCUGUUAUGACAUAUUUUGCAUGAUAGAUAGAUUGUAAUGAUUUUACUGUUAAUGAUUAAUAUUAAUUCAAACUACAACAACAUUGACAUUAUAUUUGCAAUACUUUUCCCUGAAAUUAUCUAUGUUUAAAAAAAAAGUUUUUUUAUCAACCUAUGCUUGAUAGAUCACAUUUGCAGAUUAAUUUUGCAUUCCAUUUAUUCCAUUUUGUGAUUUCAGGGCUACUCUAGAGUUUAUAUUUUAUACAGAGUGGAGACUAUCAAGCCAUGUAAUGAAAACAAUAGGUAACUUACAUUCAAAUAUCAGUUAUUUGAAGAAUCAUGCUGAAUAUUAUACUGUUUGUGUUGGGAGGGAAGAAAGGAAAUAGCAUUUGUUUGACAUCUUGUACUCUCUUAACACGAAAUUAGAUGAUGGAAAGUUUGAAAGCUGAUUUGUACAUUUUCACCCCAAGUAGAAUUAAGCAACAUGUAUUUCAUUAAAAAUAGUGUUGCAGUAUAAUUGCCCAACAUUGCAGCGUAACAUUUGUUUUAUUGGAAAUGUGAUUCUUUUAUGUUUUUAAUUAAGAAGAAUCAGAAAGAGGUAGAUUGCUGAUAUACAUUGAUCAUUUUUACAUGACAUUCCUCACAAAAGAAAUUUGUAACUGUAGAAAAGGGAUGUUAUAAAUGGACAUUUUCUUUAAAAAAAAUCCCAACAAAACAAAAACAAAAUCAUGAGACUAGACAACUGGAAAAAGUGGUUUCUGUACCAUUUGACCCUAGAGGAAUAUGUGACGUGUGAUAAAGGUGAUGCAAUUAUGCAGUCAUGAUGUCAAAUUGUUUAUUUACUAGUGAUAAUUUCCUGUACUUUUUGGGAAGGUUAGAUUAUUAAGAUACAUGCUAUGUAAAAAUGAGGAGUCCACCUUUCAUUGUUUGAAACAUGGGAUUGGAUCCAUAUUACUUGCAUGAUUAGGAAUUUUAGUAUUAGGAAUAUACACUGUAUGAAACAUAUUUGUACAUUUUCCCAUACCAAAGACAUUUGUAAAACAUAUUUGUAAAACACUUGUCUUUUUUUACUGUGAUAUUUUUCAUCCUGCAAUGAUGAAAUGAUGUGUAAUUUGUCAUUUUGUAUACUCCAAAAUGUAAGUUUAUUCAUUGACCAUAUUAGUUCAUUAAAUAUAGUUAGUAUACACAUUAAUUGCACACAUAUUUGACCAUGUCUAAAUAGGUCCAUGCUGGUAUUUUAUUCAGUAUACACACCAGUAGUAUGUACAUUUGUAAAUGUAGUUUUUAAUGACAUUAUCAUAUUACAGAUAAUAAGAAUCUUUAACUUAGUAUUUGUAUUUCUGUUUCCAUCCUGCCCUCCUCCCUGGUGUAGGAUAUUUCAUAUAAAAACAAUUUCAGGUUUUAAAGAAUUACAUUCCAGUGAAAUUUCACUCAAGGAUUUAUACUUUAAAUGAGUUGAUUUUUUUUAUUGAUAAAGUAUACAGGUUUGUCAAAAGGAUAAUGGGUAGACUGUAGUAAAACAAAAAGGGGGAACAACUCAGAUGCUGAUAAAAUCACAUUGUUUUCUAUCAAUGAAUUUACAAAAGAAAACAUUUCAAAACAUUCCCCUAUUAUUUUUAAGCUUCCACAAAAGCUGAAUUUCUUUAUUCACAUGAUUUCCAAAAUGAAUAUGUCUUUUUUUGUAAUGACGUACAACAGUAAACAUAUACAUGUAGCUGUGGAAAGUAUAAAUGCAAUAUCACUCAUCACCUAUGUCACUCCCACACAGUGACUGCAUUACUGUCAAUAUAUUCUACCCUCUAAUCCCCUCCCAAUACACUUAUUGACCAGAGCACUGUCUUACAAAGAGUUAACGAUUGAUCCUAUCAAUUUCAAGUAUAUGGAAAUCCAUCAAUGUCAUAAUUUUUUCUUCACGAAAUUUGCAAAUUGUCCUUUGUAAGCCAGGGGAAACACACUGAAUUUUUCAAGAAAACUAUGAAUGUAGGAAUAUACAUAAUAUCUAGAAAAUGUUUUGAACAAAUGUGAAUUUUCGAUGUUGACGUUGCUGGCUUUCCAUAGUCGUGGUUGAUUGGAUCAAUCGUAACUCUUUGUAUUAACAGGGCCCAGUUGUUAGACUUAUUCCUUUAUGCAUACUAGUAUCUACAGUUCUGUUAUGGUCAAAUUUCAGUUUCUAUUGUUUAUGUAUGUGGAGAUCCUCUAUCAAUCUAAGUACAAAAAAAAAACACUUUGAAGUACAGAUGAGUUUAUUUAAAUCUGUUCUUUUGAGACCACAAAAGUAGUUUGGACUUAAGCAUUUUUUCUUGUAAACACUUCUUUUGCUCAAUAUGGUCUGAAAAAUUACAUUUUCACUUAGGCAUACAAUUGACUUAAGGGGGUGUUGCAAAAAAAUAUUUGCAAUAAAUUUGCAAAUUUUUCUGUUCCAAUUUUACAAUUGAUGGAUCAGUUUUAACUUUGGCAAAUCAGAUAACUGUGUUUCAAGAAGCAGAUUAAAAGUCGGUCACAAUUUCUUGCAAUCAAUUUCAAAUUUUUUUUGUUUAAGGACUGAAAGUAGACUUGUAAUUGAUUGCAAGUUUCUUCCUACUCCCCAAUAGACAUCGUUGACUUUGAAUGCAGACUCUAGCGUUUAUGAUGUAAAGUACAGUUGGUACACUAUUUAUGCAGCAGUUUUCAUGCUGUGAGGUUUAUUAUGAUUAUUCUGAGUGCGUUUGUGAUGUCAUUCUUGCACUGAAUACCGGUAUGUUUUUAUUAUAAACUGAUCAUGUAACCCAUAGAGACAGUAUAUCAUUAUGAUCAUGUAAAUUGUUACUGUCAUCUAAUUUUUUUAUGAUUAUUCUGAAAUCUGAAUGCUUUUGUAAUGGCAUUCCUGCUCUAUGUUUCGCUAUAAACUGAUUGUGAAACCUAUGAUAACAGUAUAUCAUUAUGAUCAUAUAAAUGUAGGUCAUUAUAUUCAUGA